AUGCAUUCUGACAACAAUCUACCAACUGUUGAAUUUAUCGAUCCGAUAAUUUCCGCCGAGAUACUAGACAGAAUUGAAGAUCCUGAAUUGUAUUCACUUGUGAAUGAGUUUAUGAUUCAUGGUCCAUGUGGAGGUGAAAAUAUGAAUUGUCCAUGCAUGGUGGAUAAAAAGUGCUCUAAAAGCUUUCCAAAACAAUUAUGUAAUCAUUCGUCUUUUGAUCAAAAUGGUUUUCCAUUAUAUAUGCGAAGAAACAAUAGUCAUUUUGUAGAAAUAUUGGGUGUUAAGUUGGAUAACAGAAAUGUUGUUCCAUACAACAAAUAUCUAUUGAAAAGAUAUCAGGCACAUAUUAAUGUUGAAUGGUGUAAUCAGGGAUCUUCAAUAAAGUAUUUGCUUAAAUACACAAAUAAGGGUCCUGAUAGAGCGACAGUUGCUGUUGUACCAACCAACAAUGAAUGUGAAAAUAAUGAUGUUGUCGAUGAAAUAGCUGAAUAUUACGAUUGUAGAUAUUUAUCAGCAUGUGAAGCAUCAUGUCGAAUUUUUAAAUAUGAUGUUCAGUGCAGAUAUCCUUCUGUGGUCAGACUACCUUUUCAUCUUCCAAAUCAACAACAGAUUGUAUAUGGUAAAGACGAUGAUAUUGACAAUGUUCUGGACAAACCUUCUGUUGUUGCUUCAAAGUUCACAUCUUGGAUGGAAUGUAAUGUAAUCGAUAGUGAAGCACGAAUACUUACAUAUGUUGAAUUUCCUAUAAAGUUUGUUUGGAUAUUAAAUGGUCGGUUUUGGAAGCGAAGGAAAGUAGGAAAAGCCAUUGGUAGAAUUCAUUCGGUUUCACCUAAUCUAGGGGAAGCAUAUUUCUUAAGGAUUCUUUUAAAUAAAGUAAAAGGUCCGACGUCAUUUGAUGAUAUUCGCACGGUAAAUGGUGAAACACAUUCUUCUUUUAGAGAUGUUUGUUAUGCACUCGGGCUAUUAUAUGACGACAAGGAAUACGUUGAUGCAAUUAAAGAAGCAAGUCAUUCUGGAUCUGGUUUCUAUCUACGCUUCUUAUUUGCUACAUUGUUAAUGUGUAAUAAAUUAUCACUCGGUGUAGAUGAACUUAAGAACUUAACUUUGUUCGAAAUAGAACAAAUUUUACUUCGAAACAACUCCACUCUCAAAAACUUCACAAAGAUGCCAUACCCAGAUGUUGAAUCUGUUUCUUCUUCAAACAAUCAACUUAUCACCAAGGAGCUAGAUUACGACAUUCCUGUUAUAAAGAUUAACUUUGAUCGUAUGUUUCUUGCAUUAACAAAUGAGCAACGUAACAUUUUCCUUAAAAUCAUGAGUGUUGUUAAAGAAAAUAAAGGAGAUGUCUUCUUCGUUUAUGGUUAUGGUGGAACGGAUAAAACUUUUUUAUGGAAGACAAUAUCUGCAGCAAUUAGAUCUGAUGGUAAUAUUGUUUUAAAUGUUGCUUCAAGCGGUAUUGCUUCCUUAUUAUUGCCCGGUGGUAAAACAGCACACUCUCGAUUUAUACUUCCAUUUGAACUUUCAUAG